GUCAAUGAUUCCAUCAGUAACAGUGAACUGGUCAAAGGUGUAACCAGGUGGCUUAUAAUAUGAGUGACUCUUAUCAGUGAUGAACUAUUAUUAGACUCCUAAUUGUUUUUUUCUAGGUUGUGUGAUCGUAACUGUGUCGGGUGGAACAUUCAGUUACACAUCAACACAUUUUGCAAUGAACAGGUCAAACAGGUUUCAGCAGAACUUGGUUUGAAUGGACCUUGUCAAACAUACUGGCUGCUGCCACUGUGGAGCUGUUAGAUUUGAAGUAUGGAGUUCUCCCAAUCUUCACGUCUUCCAUUGCAAUUGCAGUAUUUGUACAAAGAAGCAAAACAACCACUUCAUUGUUCCAAAAGAUCACUUUACACUCUUACGGGGGUCAGACAACUUGACCACAUACACAUUCAACACACAUGUUGCUAAACACACCUUCUGUAAGACCUGUGGAGUUCAGAGUUUCUACACGCCGCGUUCCAACCCUGAUGGAUAUGGUGUUGCUCCACACUGUCUGGAUCCAGGUACUGUGAAAAGUGUCACAGUAGAAAACUUCUGUGGUGAGAAAUGGGAAGAGAGUAUGCAAGCCCAUGAAAGCAUCAGAGGCAUGUCUCAACCUGCCCCGGACAAACAGCAGACAAACAAAACAGAAUAACAGCACCGGGAUACGAUGAGAA